GAAGAAACUUCCAAGAUUAUAUGGAAUAAAACGGGGUUGGAAUUUUUGUUGGGAUGGAAUGAAAUGCCAAAAAAUGGAAGAAAGGUUUAAAGGAAGACUGGACUGCAUGGAGUGAGUUGGAAUUGUUAUUGUGUAAAAUUGGGAAGAAUGAUGGUUUGACAUUCUCAAUUUAUUCCAUGCAACCAACUUUCCAUUAGAACUGUUCUUCCAUUUGUAAGGCAUUUAUUCCAUGCCAACAUAAAUUCCACGCCGAGUUUAUUCCAUUCAAUUUAGGAAAAUUCUUCCUCCUUCACAUCAAAUUUUUCUACCAUCUGAUUCCUACUUAUUGCAAAUCACAUUCAUCUCACCAUCAUACAUUUUAGGAUAUUAUUCCAUCAAUUCCACCCCAUUUUAUUCCAUACAAUUUAGAAAGUUUCUUCCUUUUUAUGCGUAUAGCAAUUGCAAUAAUUUGUGCUUCACAUGAUAGGCAGUAAGUAGUGCAAUUGUUUGAAAAUAUGUGAUGAAUAUUAAGAAUUUUGAAUUGCUAUAAUAGGUUAUUGGAAGAGCAUUUGGGCAGAAAGAACUCGAGAAUUUGGAUAGCAUGAGGAUUAAUUGUUAUUGUCGUUUAAGCAAGGCCGUGCAGAGGAUCAAGAACCAAUUGAAAGAAGAAGAAUUGAAGGUGUUCAGCAACACAGUUUUUGGGUGGGUACUGCACACAGAAUCAAUGGAAGUAGUAAGCGGGCAAAUGCAACUGGGAUUGCUAUGCAACUACGUGAAAACUGUGAACAAAGUGAAGGAGAACGAUGUCAUUCGUUUCCAUAUUCAAAAUAGCGUGAUAAGCUUCUGGAAAAAAGAUCUUUGUUUAUUGUUAGGUUUGAAAAUGGGUGGACAAAAGCCUCAGAUAGAGGAGCAGUUGAGAGGACAUAUAUGGCAAACGUACUUUGGAAGUGCAAAAAGUGUAAGAAGAAGUGAUGUGUUGGAUGCAUUGAUGAAGUAUAACAGUGAUAACCCUGAAGCACAGGCGGAAGAUGGCGUGAAACUUGCGCUUCUGCAUGUGCUGUCACAUGGAUUGUUUGGAGAUCAGGUGGGUCGGGAGUUACCAGCGGCGUAUGCAAACUUGGUGGAAGACUUGGAUGCCUUUAAUGAGUACUCGUGGGGUGAUGAUGUGUGGACUGAGCUACUUAAAAACAUGACAAACAAUAUAGAUAGCCUGAAGAAUUGCAAAGGGAAUCGUGCAACGCUCCCAGGGUGUUUGAUUGCUCUUCAAGUUUGGGAGUUUGAAACUUUCCCAGGUCUACAAAAGGCUGGAAUUUGCAAUAUCAAGGAAGGUGAAGAAAGAUGCAUUCCAAGGGCUAUCAAGUGGUCAUUUACAAAAAAAACCUUCACUGGAUGUUUUCAGUAAAAUUAUUUUCUGCAAUGAGGAUUUUGAAUGGGCAAAGUUGGUGGCUACUGAUGAGGAAAUUGAGAAUUUCCUAUAUUUGUGAUGAAUAGAAGGCUCAGGUCAGGGAAUGGACAAAGCAGUGGCAAUAGAGAAGAAGAUAGGAUUAUCGGGGAGAAGAAGAAGAGCAGUACAAAAGAAAAAGGUAGGAGGGUGAGUGGAGUCAAGGGUACAACAAGUGGCAGGGGAAAAGAAGAAGAAGAACUAUCAGAUGAUGUUGAGCUGGAAGAUAUGGGGACAGUUGGAUUUGGAGAAGAAAGGAAGAAUGCAGUCAUUUUGAAGCAAGUCAGGAAAAUAAGCAAAGAAAAUGCCAAGAUCAUGGCAGAACUCAAAGAAGUGAGCAAAAAUCAAAAAAGUCAAGACAAAAAACUGGGGGAAAUACUUUCACAGCUAAGGAAGAUGACUACAAAGCAGGAGGGACAAGGUGAAGAAAUUAGGGAUGAAGUUCAUGGCCCUGAAAAGAAUACAAAUGUUGUGUUACAACACAACCAACAAGAAAAGAGUGCAAAAGCAGAUCUUGUGGAGACCGAGCACGAUGAAGGAGUGGAGAUGCCAAAUUUCAACAUAUUUGGGGCAGAGACUCAACAGAAAAUGUGUGAUGAAAGACAGGAGGAUGUGAGUGAAGCGAAUAGAGAAGAAAAGGAAGAUGGAGUGGUAGACGAUAAAGAAGGGGAAGAAGCUGAUGGGGAAAGAAAGGAGGCAGAGGCAGACAAGUGUGAUGAUGGUAAACAACUAGGAGAUGACGUCGAGAUAUGUGACACAGAAAAUCAAAAUGAAAAAGGAGAGGCUAAGGAAAUUAGUGAGGUGAAAACAACAGACUUUUGGGAAGUUGAGGACACCCAGUUCGUGAAGGAACUGAUCAGAAACGUGGAUACUGUUGAGAAACAAGUGUUAGGAACAGAUGCAAGUAAGGGAACCAGGGCAAUGCGUUCAACGAGCGAUGAGGAAGGACAGAACAUGGAAUGUGACCAGGAGGCAGAACAGGUACAUGAAAUCUUAGUGGAGCAUACAAGAGCAAAGCGGGUUGCACGAUCACCUGAUAGAUACACACCUGCUGAACAGGGUGAGGCAAGAAAGAGGAGGAGGAAAGUAAUUGCCAAAAAAGGGAAGACCAGUGCUUUUUCAAGCCAAAAAAUUAUGGUCCAUUUGGAGAGGAUCCAAGUGAGCCACCACCGGCAGAAGAAAUAGAGAAGGUGCGGGAGUUUCUGAAAACAGGAUUAUUGAAACGGAAGAAUAAGAAAAAUGGUGACAAUAAAUACAGAAAGGAUCAUGAAACCAUGAAUGGUCUGCCGAUGUUAUUGGACAAUGUAAAAAUAGAGUAUAAGACAUGGCUCUACAAGCUGUUUGUGAACCCAGAAUGGCUUGAUGCAACGCAUAUUGAAGUAGGAAUGUUCUACCUGGGGAUGAAACAAUUUCAGUAUAAGCUCCAGUUCCCGUAUUCUACAUGCAGCCCCUAUUUCUUACAAGCCCUUCAGCGUGAGCAUGAAAAAAUUAAGACCUCACAGUCAAGUCUUGAAAAGGCAGCUGAAAUGCCUGUAAUAGAGAGCCAUAUUGUAGGCAGUUCAGCCACAUAUGCACUGAGCUGGGCAGAAUCGGACUUCGUGUAUAUGCCCCUAAACACCGGACAUCAUUGGGUGUUGCUUGUGUUGGAGGUCAAACAGAGAAAGAUCAAGGUGUAUAAUUCUAUGAGCAGAAGAGGGGAAGCUAUAAGGGAAGUCAGGCAACAUCUUCCAAGUCUCCAGUGCUUGCUCCCGAAGAUCAUGGAUGUGCACAAAGUGUACGAAGACAUCAGAGAGGAACCAAUGAGAGAGAGAAAAAUAGAGGUGGAAGGUGUACAAGAAUGUCCACAACAAAAUGAUGGGUAAGACAUAUUUGUUGUUGGAGAUAUGAACAUUAUAGAGUAAUCUGAACAUUAUAUUUUAAUUGAAUAGUUAUUUAUAUGGUGUUGAUUCAUGGCAGGGGAAACUGCGGUAUGUUUGUGUUGAAGAUUGCAGAGUUCUUGAUCAUGGGCAUGGAUAUUGAGGAAAUAGAUGCAGAGGACAUGACGAUGUAUAGGGAGAAAAUGACAACAGAGCUCAUCUUGUACAGCAAGAAGAGAACAGAGGAGCUGAAUGACGAAAAAAGCUA